UAUCUACGAACGGAUUUGCUGGAACUAGAAGAGCAAUUUUAAUUGAAGCUGGUAUCCAUGCUCGUGAGUGGAUUUCACCAGCUGCCAUAUUGUAUAUUACUGACAGGUUAUUGGCUACAUAUACUACGGAUAGCCAGGCUGCAUAUAUGUUGAACAACUUUGAUUGGAUUAUUAUACCAGUAACCAAUCCUGAUGGUUAUGAAUAUUCACACACAAAUGAUCGCUAUUGGAGAAAGAACAGAGUUUUCAGGGGAGGUAAUUGCAGGGGAGUUGAUCUGAACAGAAACUUUGAUGCCAGAUGGGGAACCACUGGUGUUAGCUCAAGCUGCUCUAGCGACAUAUAUCCUGGUACUGGACCAAUGUCUGAAGUUGAGGCCCAAAAUGUCCAAGAAUUGGUAGCCGAUAUCCAAAAUGGCGGAACCCGACUGAUAGGAUAUUUGGCCGUACAUUCCUACUCGCAGAUGAUCCUUCUUCCCUAUUCCCACACCUUCGGGUCCAGACCACCAAAUUAUCAAGAUCUAGAUAACUAUGGUAUUUCUGCCGGUAAUGCCCUGUAUAACGUGCACGGCAGACGAUUCCAAGUCGGAACAGGACCCGAAUUGCUAUAUGCUGCUUCUGGUGGUUCAGAUGAUUGGGCUAUUAUGGGAGGUUCUGUAAAAUAUGCUUACACCUAUGAACUGAGACCAGCUUCAGCAAGUGCAGGAGGUUUUGUUCUACCAGCCAGUCAGAUUGUUCCUAGUGGAGAAGAACUAUUUGCAUCUUUCUACAAUCUUGCAAUCAGCUUUAAUAAUGACCUUUAAGCCAAUCGUUAGGUGUAAUACUGAUUUACGCGUUGAACUGGCGCAUAAUGAAUGAUACAGAGAGGUGCCUAGGAAUAAAUAAAUGACAUUUCCCAAGGA